CUCAAUUCAAACCUAUUGGAAACUGGAAUGUAUUGCAUGUGCGUAAAGAGUCGUCUCCGAUUAGCCUUUAAAGUCCACACAGAAUAAUCAGCAAAAAUACAUAUUACGGGAGUCGCCUGAUGUUAUGGAAGUGUGUAUAUAACUGACACCCGUCUUUAUUGGGACGUAUUCUUCGCUGAGGAUCAACAUCAACAUGAAGGUUCUGGUUGUGUUAAUUGUUGCUUGCGUGGCCAUCGCUGUGGGACAGGAUGUCGUGAUUUACGACUCGACCUCUCAGCCUAAAUGCACGCUGAUUAACCGUUCUGCGAGAUAUGAUUGUCGCUGGCAUGCUGGUUUAAACAUGGCGGACCAAGUCAUUGAGGGAGGUCGCAUCAUCGCUUACAGAAUCCAGUGGUUUGCCGGAGGAUGGUCUGGCUGGUUCGCCCCUGGCUUGAACGACCUUGAUAUUAAGUUCAACGUCAACGCCUCGCCUUGUGCCCUUCCAGUCAAAGCCAAAUCGCUGAGAAGAUGGUGGUCCUAUUUCUACGACCACAUUCACGAGUUCAUCAUCUGUAAGCCGAAUUAAUUUGAUGAGCGCGCAUGAAAAAAACAAGUUUACUUUACUUUAAUACUUGGACUUAAACAAAAAGCGCAUGUUUCUAUAUCUACUAUAUGCAUGUUGCUUCAAAUAUUCAGUGUGAACAAAAUGAGUUUAUUCAAAUUAAUAAAUUAAAAUCGGACAUUUUCGGUGUCAA